GCGGCCCGGCGCGAAGAUGGCGGACGUGCUGAGCGUGCUGCGGCAGUACAACACGCAGAAGAAGGAGAUCGUGGUGAAGGGGGACGAGGUGAUCUUCGGCGAGUUCUCCUGGCCCAAGAACGUCAAGACCAACUAUGUCAUCUGGGGGACAGGGAAAGAAGGCCAGCCCAGGGAAUACUACACUUUGGACUCUAUCUUGUUCCUGCUGAAUAAUGUGCACCUUUCACAUCCUGUUUAUGUCCGGCGUGCUGCAACUGAAAACAUUCCUGUGGUAAGAAGACCUGACAGAAAAGAUCUACUUGCGUACCUAAAUGGGGAAACAUCAACGUCAUCAAGUAUAGACAGAAGUGCACCACUUGAAAUUGGUCUUCAGCGAUCCACUCAAGUUAAAAGAGCAGCAGAUGAAAUAUUAGCAGAAGCAAAGAAACCAAGAAUAGAGGAUGAAGAGUGUGUGCGUCUUGACAAGGAGCGGCUGGCAGCUCGGUUGGAGGGGCAUAAAGAAGGUAUUGUGCAGACAGAGCAGAUCAGAUCCUUGUCUGAAGCCAUGUCUGUGGAAAAAAUUGCUGCUAUCAAAGCAAAAAUCAUGGCGAAGAAAAGAUCUACAAUCAAGACAGAUCUUGAUGAUGACAUAACUGCUCUUAAACAAAGAAGUUUUGUUGAUGCGGAGGUAGAUGUAACCAGAGACAUUGUCAGCAGGGAGAGAGUAUGGAGGACAAGAACUACAAUUUUACAAAGCACAGGCAAGAACUUUGCCAAGAAUAUUUUUGCAAUUCUUCAGUCAGUAAAAGCCAGAGAAGAAGGUCGUGCACCUGAACAGAGACCUGCACCGAACACAGCACCAGCGGAUCCCACUUUACGGACUAAGCAGUCUAUUCCAGCUGCCUACAACAGAUACGAUCAGGAAAGAUUUAAAGGAAAGGAAGAGACGGAAGGCUUCAAAAUUGACACUAUGGGAACCUACCAUGGAAUGACUUUGAAGUCUGUAACGGAAGGUGCUUCUGCCCGGAAAACUCAAACCCCAGCAGCACAGCCUGUGCCAAGACCAGUUUCCCAAGCAAGACCACCUCCAAACCAGAAAAAAGGAUCUCGAACCCCCAUAAUCAUUAUUCCAGCAGCUACAACUUCUUUAAUAACUAUGCUUAAUGCAAAAGACCUUCUGCAGGAUUUAAAGUUUGUACCAUCAGAUGAAAAGAAAAAACAAGGCUGUCAGCGAGAAAAUGAAACUUUAAUACAGAGAAGGAAGGACCAGAUGCAACCUGGGGGCACAACAGUCAGCGUUACUGUACCUUAUCGAGUGGUAGACCAGCCUCUGAAACUUAUGCCGCAAGAUUGGGAUCGUGUAGUCGCAGUGUUUGUGCAGGGUCCUGCUUGGCAGUUUAAAGGCUGGCCAUGGCUAUUGCCCGAUGGAUCGCCUGUUGAUAUUUUUGCAAAAAUUAAAGCUUUCCAUCUCAAGUAUGAUGAAGUACGUCUAGAUCCAAAUGUACAGAAAUGGGAUGUGACAGUAUUAGAAUUAAGCUAUCACAAACGGCACUUGGACAGACCAGUAUUCCUACGUUUCUGGGAAACUUUGGACAGGUACAUGGUAAAGCACAAAUCCCAUUUGAGAUUCUGAAUCCUCUGGCUGCCAUUCAUUUCGUGGAGUGUGAUUGAGAAAUAUGAAA